UCAAAGAUUGCGCAGUACUUAAACAGGUCCACAGCGAGAGGUGCAACAUUCUUUGCCGGUACUUUCGUAGAAGGUCCUCGCAUUUUUUAAAUAUAAUUUUUGCAUCCUCCCUUUGGUAAGCAUAAAAUAGCAGUUAAAAUGCCUCCCCCUGACAAAACGCAGCACGCGUUCAGUCGGCUGUCCGUCGUCAGUACUCUGAGCUCGGAGGGUGGGCCUACAAGAUCGGCAUGGAGCGGGACGUACUGCGAUCACCUGAUGACUUCUCGAAUCGUCCAGUCGUCAUACCUCGGCACCAAAAAGCGCAAAGCAUCGAGAGUUAAGCCAAGCGGGGCUGUAGAAACAGCUCCACCUCCACCACGCAUGACCAAGCCCGUCCACAUCGCUCUUGCUGCUAACGCCUGGCGGGAUGUUCUGAAGACAGCGGAGGAACCGAAUGACGAGGUGCAGAUAGAGGAGGAUCCUGAAACGGAGAACGACACGUUCUCGGUCGGAAUACCUGAGACAGACAGCUGCAGUGAGAGUGGGCUGGGCAGCUCACCCUCCUCGCCUGAGCCAGACACAGACUCGGUAGAAGAGCUAGAGUCGGACACGUCUUCCCUGGAACUAAAUGUGCCGGACACCAACCAGAUCCGCACAGCAUCAGAAAUCUCUAUUUUUGAUGAGCGAAGCCAAACAACUGAGGUGGAGGAUCUGGACGAGGACGAUCCUGAGACGUUGCCUGUCAAGGAACAGCUAACAGUGCAUCAGCCCCCCAGGGCACCGAGUGUUGCUUCUAUCCAACCCGAAGACCCUGAUGUGGCCAUUGUAACCCCGGAGAAAAAGGCUGACGGGAAGAAGAAAAAGGUGUUGCUGUUGGCUUUGCUGGUGGCGGCUUUGGUGGCAGCUAUUUUGGGGUGUGUCUUGGGGGUGCUGCUUGGGAAGCAGUCCCCCGUCUGUGCUGAAGGGCAGAGCUGCGUGGAAACAGUCAUCGAAUUGUGUGAGAAUGUACCCCUGGACUACCAGACUGGCGGUACCUUCAACUGUGACAACAUAACCUUCACCCACCAUACCGUCCGGGUCUGCCGGCUAAGCUGCCCCUGGGGCUUCCGCCAGGAUGAUGCCGGGCUGGUCCUCUGCAACAGCGGGAGCUUCGCGCCCAUCCACCCGAGGGUGCUCUCUGCGUUCCUCGGUAUUGGAAGAUCGACCAACGCAACAACAGACAUCCUGACGACAAGCCUGGGCAUCCCGAACAACACCGAUGCCGAUGCAGUAGCGGCGGUCCUUGCUCGUAUCGGUGUGACGGGCGAUCAGCCGCUCGUAAAAGGUACACUUCGGGCAGCGGCUGUUAACGGUACAUUUUACAAGGACAGCGCACUUCGAGACGGACUGACAGGGCUGCCUGGUGGUCAGGACUUGGUUAACUGGAUUCUCAACAUGAAUCUCACAAUGGAGAUGGCAAAGCUCGAAUCUUUUGACGCUUCGAGGAGGCCUUUCUGCAGAAAGAUAGACUGUGACAACGAUCAUGGGCAUUUGCAGGCUCCCGAUCAUGGGCUGCUAAACUGCUCAGGAUCAACAUACCAGGAGACAUGUCAGCUGACGUGCCGGCUCGGUUACGAACCGACAGGAGAGGACAGUUUUCAAUGCACCGGCUUAGGAUACUGGAGUGGACUUCCGUCAUGCAAUCCAGUACGCUGUGGCGACUCUCCUCAGUAUGCACACACUCGGUUUGACUGCGGAGAUUUAACCUACGGACACAAUUGCACCACGGUCUGUGAUGGAGGUUACCAGAGGACCAACAAUACGGAGAUCCGGUGUGAUCACAACGGUAACUGGACACUACAGAAUGGGAAUAUGCUAGUUGAGAACCUGGUCAACCAGACGGAUCUCUUCUGCGAGAUAAAGGAUUGCGGGGUGCCGAAUACUAUCAGCGAUGGCUACAACAAUUGCGCGGGUACCAAGUUUGGUGACUCCUGCAGACCCACCUGUAACCCAGGUUACAGACUGACGAACGACAGAAACCAGCUUCUCCCCAGUGACACCACGUACAGAUGCCUGUCAUCUGGCCAGUGGGACGAGCAGCCGCUGUGCAGCCCGUCCGGCUACUGCAGUCUCGGCUGGCACAACUGCAGCGACGACCUCGGCGUUUGUUACGUCACUGGCCACCAGAGUCAUGCCUGCGCGUGUGCCCACGGCGCGGUCGGCAACGGGACCCACUGCGAACCGGCUGACUGCGGACCAUUGCCGUUUUCAGAUCCUUCCGGCGGAUUCUUCUCUUGCUCUAGUGUUGGUCUUGAGGAAACGAUUUGUGCCCUGAGUUUCGAUGGCUCCACAGCCCACAACAAAACUUCAGACCAGCAGUUCGGUGCCGCCUGCGCCCUGCACUGCAGACCAGGGUACGUCAGGCAGUUCCUGGUCGAGUACAGGUGUGGAGCCACCGGGAACUGGAGCAUUCCCGUAGAUCUGGAUGCCAUCGGCCUGGAAGCUUGUCAAGAUAUAGAUGAAUGCACGAGCGCGCCCUGUCAAAAUGGAGCGACGUGCAACAACCUGGAAAACAUGUACAGUUGCACCUGCGCCCCUGGGUAUACAGGCGUUCACUGUGAAACAGACAUCAAUGAAUGUGCCAGCAACCCAUGCCUUAAUGGCGGGACAUGCUCGGAUGGAGACAACAAAUACACGUGUGUGUGCAGACGUGGGUUCACGGGAACUCGCUGUGAAACAGACAUCAACGAAUGUGCCAGUAAUCCAUGCCUAAAUGGCGGAACCUGCUCGGAUGGAGUCAACAGUUACACGUGUGCGUGCAGGCCUGGGUUCACGGGGACACACUGUGAAAUAGACAUCGACGAAUGUGCCAGUAAUCCAUGCCGCAAUGGUGGGACCUGCUCGGAUGGAGUCAACAGUUACACGUGUGCGUGCAGGCCUGGAUUUACAGGGACACACUGUGAAACAGACAUCAACGAAUGUGCCAGUAAUCCAUGCCGCAAUGGUGGGACCUGCUCGGAUGGAGUCAACAGAUACACGUGUGUGUGCAGGCCUGGGUUCACAGGAACACACUGUGAAACAAACAUCAACGAAUGUGCCAGUAAUCCAUGCCGCAAUGGCGGGACCUGCUCGGAUGGAGUCAACAGAUACACGUGUGUGUGCAGACCUGGGUUCACAGGGACACACUGUGAAACAAACAUCAACGAAUGUGCCAGUAAUCCAUGCCGCAAUGGUGGAACCUGCUCGGAUGGUGUCAACAGUUACACGUGUGCGUGCAGGCCUGGGUUCACAGGAACACACUGUGAAAGAGUAGGCUGCUCUACUCUAUCUCUACCGCAUGGCACAGUUUCCUGCACAGACGGAAAUAAUGCAUACUCAAGUUGCGUCCUGGCAUGUGACAGUGGGUAUUUUCUCUCCGGUACAUCCGAGCGUGUAUGUGGUUCCUCCGGACUGUGGAGUGGUAGCGCUACAUGUCAAGCAUGUAACACUGCGGUUGACAUCAUCGUGGCUGUAGACACUAGUGGAAGCGUUGCACCUGACAUUAGCCGAGUACAAGAACUUUUGCGUAACAUCGCCAGCCGUCUGCCGAUUGGAUCAGGCACCAACCAAGCAAGGGUGGGGCUAAUAAGGUUUACUGUCCGCCGUGAUCAUGUAACAAUUCCGCUGACACAUAGCUCGAACCAAAUCACCCUUCUGAACCAGAUUGCCACGUUAACGUCCUCCAGCAUGGGGUCAACUUGUGGCUCUAACCCCGCCAGUUCGUAUGUUGGAGGUCAAAUCUGUGCACUGGAAAGUUUGUAUACUCAGUUCCGCAACAAUCGGAGACCUGGUGUCAGAGAGAUUGCUGUCAUUAUAACUGACGGUGGGGAAGUAUCCCCUUCACCUAAUGCUAUCACUCCAGCUCAGACAUUACGCAAUUCAGGAGUAACAAUUAUCUGUGUUGGUGUGGCUGGGGUCGACCUCACUGCAAUGCGUGACAUGGCAAGUUCCCCCUUUGAUGACCAUUACUUCGUAUCCUCCAUGAGCAGUCUGAAUACACUUGUUGACAUGUUGGGACCCAGAGUCUGUACCUAGCCUUGUAAGCUU